AUGGUGCAGGCCAACCAUGCCCAUGUAAACAUGGGCCACCCUCCCGACCUUGGUAGCAUUGCAUGCAGCAGCAUACCCCAAUCGAAACCGCCAUCGAUGGCUGUAGUACUGGCGGCGAAGGCAGAGCUGGUGGCCUCCGUGGCGCUGGUUGCCCCGGUGCAGCUGGCGCUGGUGGCGCAGGCUUUGGUGGCGCAGGCUUGGUUACUAAUAAAUAAGAAACCUACUAUGAGGCCUCAAGAAGGGAUAGAUAUUACUUGUG